UGCUGUUUGGUGCUAGAGUGCUUCAGCUGUGCCGUUGGCGAAGUUUUUAAAGCGCGUCUUGUCUGCAAAUUGCAAGCAAAUCGUUUUCUUGUUUUCAAAUAUCGGUUUUCAAAUUUCGCGGUGUUUUUUUCAUUGUUUUCAUAAACAGCUGAUACGCGGGCGCGCUUUUCUGCAAGUGCUUAACUAACGGUUGCAAGCGCUUUAAGUUUACAUUUACAUACAAAUAUCAGUGCAUACCUCACUCAAGUGAAGCUAGUCAAACCAACAACAUUUAGUUUAUUAAAAAAUAUUCAAAAAGCAACUUCAUAAAAUUUGUGCUUAACGAAGCAGCUACAACAACAAUAACAACCAUCAAACCGGUGCUACAACUAUAGCGUGCUAUCAGCCAUUCUUACAAGAAUCUGCAGCUUAGGUCAGUGCAACUCUGUGUCCCCACGCGUGUGUUUGUGUGUGUUUAUGUGCUCAGUUUACUUUGUGCUCAUUUGUGCGUAAAAGGAAAUCGCCGCUGUAAUGGCUCCCAAGAAAGAAGCAACCUUGAAUCUGCAGCAACAACAACAGCAACAAGUUUUGGAUAUCGAGCGUAUAAAGCGGCAUUUCAGCUGGUCCGAUCCAAAUGCAAUCAACUCCAGCGAACCCCCCGCCAUGGCCACAAAUAACGAUGGCGGAACAAACCAAUCAUGGAAUCGGAACACACAGGCAGCCGUGUCGGUGCGACAUGCCUUCAAAACGUACGGCAAGAAGAAGAACGCCAUUCCGGUGUUGAAUAAUCUAAUGAUGACCGUACCAAAGGGAACAAUUUAUGGUCUGCUGGGCGCUUCAGGUUGUGGCAAGACCACACUACUCUCAUGCAUUGUCGGCAGACGUCGCCUGGAUGCGGGUGAGAUUUAUGUGCUCGGCGGCAAACCCGGUACACGCGGUUCGGGCGUGCCCGGCAAACGUGUCGGCUAUAUGCCACAAGAGAUCGCCCUGUACGGCGAAUUCUCAAUACGCGAGACAAUGAUGUAUUUCGGCUGGAUAUUCGGUAUGGGCACCAAAGAGAUCAUGGAACGUCUGCAGUUUCUAUUGAAUUUCCUUGAUUUGCCGUCGGAGAAGCGUUUGGUCAAGAAUUUGAGUGGUGGUCAACAACGACGUGUCUCCUUCGCGGUGGCAUUGAUGCACGAUCCGGAAUUGUUGAUUUUAGAUGAACCCACUGUGGGUGUGGAUCCGUUGUUGCGUCAGAGUAUCUGGAAUCAUUUGGUGCAUAUCACAAAGGCGGGACAAAAGACAGUCAUCAUUACGACACAUUACAUUGAGGAGGCACGUCAGGCGCACACGAUCGGUCUCAUGCGUUCCGGUCAUUUGCUGGCCGAAGAGUCGCCCAGCGUUUUGCUGUCCAUGUACAAAUGUAUCAGUUUGGAGGAGGUUUUCCUGAAGCUGUCGCGCAUACAAAGCCAAAAGGGUGAAAUCUCGAAUGUGAACUUUAGUAAUAAUAUCUCAUUGCAUGCCAUGGCAUUCGGCAGUAAAAUGGAUAAGCCCAGCUCGAGUCAAGAAGGCGGUGUGGUCGGAUUGAACUUCCAUCAGAGUAAAGAAGUGCUGAUCAAUGAAACGAAUGGAUCUGUCUUUACGUUAAAUCAAGAAACCUACGAUCCGCCGCAUAUAAAACGCAAACAACCCAAAGAUGAAGAGAGCUGCCAAGAUUGCUGUGCGAAUUUGUGUAAGGUCACAACUAAGGGCAAAAUGAAGGCAUUGCUGACCAAGAACUUCCUGCGUAUGUGGCGUAACGUCGGCGUUAUGCUAUUCAUUUUCGCAUUACCCGUUAUGCAAGUGAUACUCUUCUGUUUGGCAAUUGGACGUGAUCCGACCGGUUUGAAUUUGGCUAUCGUCAACAGUGAAAUGAACGACACAAACGUCUGUCAUUGGGAGAACAAUUGCCACUUCACGAAUCUCGCCUGUCGCUAUUUGAGCCAUCUGAAUGAGACCAUGGAAAAGACAUACUACACAGAUCUAGAGGAUGCGAAAGAGGCAGUACGUGUGGGCAAUGCUUGGGGUGUGCUCUAUUUCACGGAGAACUUUACGGACGCUUUUGUGGCGCGUAUUGCAUUGGGACGUGAUGCGGAUGAUGAGACUAUCGAUCAGUCGGAAAUUAGAGUUUGGCUCGAUAUGUCCAAUCAGCAAAUCGGUAUUAUGCUGAAUCGUGACAUACAGCUGGCCUAUCGCGCCUUCGCCAUGGACUUACUGGAACAGUGCGGCAACAAUCCGAAGCUCGGCGAUGUGCCAAUACAAUUUAAACAGCCCAUCUAUGGCACCAUGAAUCCAUCAUUCACAGAUUUCGUUGCGCCCGGUGUGAUAUUGACCAUUGUGUUCUUCUUGGCUGUUGCAUUGACGUCAUCCGCUUUAAUUAUCGAACGUACGGAGGGUUUACUCGAUCGCUCUUGGGUUGCGGGCGUCACACCAAGUGAGAUACUCUUCUCGCAUGUCAUCACACAGUUCGUCGUCAUGUGUGGUCAAACAACGCUCGUACUUAUAUUCAUGUUGGUCGUCUUCGGUGUUACAAACAAUGGCGCUCUUGGUUGGGUGGUCGUGAUAACACUAUUGCAGGGUCUAUGCGGCAUGUGCUUUGGCUUCCUCAUCUCAUCGGUCUGUGAGUUGGAACGUAACGCUAUACAAUUGGCGUUGGGCUCAUUCUAUCCAACAUUGCUACUGUCCGGAGUGAUUUGGCCCAUUGAGGGAAUGCCCAUCGUGUUGCGAUACAUAUCGCUUUGCCUGCCGCUAACACUCGCUACCACAUCGCUGCGCUCGAUAUUGACGCGCGGCUGGGAGAUCACCGAGUUUGCUGUGUACUCCGGCUUUCUGAGUACGCUCGCGUGGAUCUUCGGCUUCCUGAUACUGACGCUGAUAGUGCUGCAAGCGAAGCGUGGAUAAAAGGUUUUGGGGGCUUUUGCAGCAGCAAAUUGGGAGAAACAAAUUAAUUUAAAGUCUAUUAUUAUUUUUUUUAUUUUCUAUUAAUUAAACUUACGAUACUAGAAAUUGUACAGAAAAGAAAUUAAGAGCAAAGAAACAAAAUUGGAUUGUACUUAGAAAUCCAAAACUCUGUAUCAUACAUACAUAUAAUAUAUGCAUAUGGAGUGCAGAUCGCACAAGAGAUCUUGUGUAAAGUGAAAAGUGUCGAUCGAAUUGUAGCUGAGUUUUUAGUUGUAGCGAGUAAAUAUUAAUUGAAGUAAAACAAAAACAAUAAAGAAAAAUAUAUAUAAUAUAUCUAAAAAAUAAAAGAAGCAACAACAAUUGUUUAAGGUGUCUUGUCCUAAUGAUAGCAUUAAUUCAUAUUAAGCAUAUUAUCUAGUUUACUUCGCACACACACACACACAUACACACAAAAUAUAAAGUGUAGUGACAAAAGUAGAGCUUAAAGCUUCAAAAUACAUAGAGUUCUGUUAUGAACUAAUUUAGAAAUUUU